AUGCCAGCGGCAAAUAGGGAUCUGGCGACGAUCAGUUGCAGUCGUGAACACAUCGUGGCCUCAACCCCUGAACAGAAACUGGAGGACGGCGUGGUGCGCAACACUCCGCGCCUCGAGCGCCGCAACGCGCGUCUAGCAACGCCCCGUAUGCUCGUGCCGCCAGCCGAUUCAGCCACCCCGCAAGAAGAUGCCAUGAUAGCGGCUUUAAGGGAGGGAGCCCAAGCGCAGAUGGCGCUCGCCAAUGCGCAGACAGAGGCCGCUCGGUAUCUUGGCGAUUGCAUAAUGCGUGCCGCUACCAUGUUCGUCGAAGCGAUCAAUAAAAAUAAAUAA